ACCAAUCACCAUUGCUACACACGAACAUUUUAUGUUUGAGCAGCGCCUAAAGUUUUUAGUAAAAGUUGUUGUAUUUUAGUUCUUUUUAAUCCAUAAUCAUAGUUAACACAUUUAAAACUACUAAAAGUCCAUUAUGAACAUGUUUUCUGGAUAAGAUCCUUGGAUACUGGCCAUGACCCAGUUUUGAUGCUAAUCAUAAAAAAAACCUGAAUAUAUAUUCUGUAAACACUUUUGCUUUAUAUGUAGGAUUUGUUAACAAUACAUUUAUUUGGAUAAGCAAAAUUAGCCCUUUGUAAGUGAUGAUUGGAGUGCAUCAAGAUUUUUAUCUGUGUUCCAUUGGUAAUGCCUAAAAUGAUGAGCUGUGGCAGGUCCAGCCAGCUGGGUAAUGUUUUGAAGAAAAUAACUUAGCUAGCUAACCAUAGUAUUUUAACACAAAAUAAAAUGUCUUAGAACGUAACAACUAAUUAUACGAGAAUGUUUCAGAUCCUCGUAUAGGGCAUCUACUGUAGCUAACUGAAGUCCACGAUAUCAUACAACAAAAACAUUGGGAAAAGCCUACAAGCGGGACACAGACACACCUUAGCUUUAAACCGUUACGACUAAGACCAACAAACACCAAUGUGAAGGAGUGCGAUGAAGACUGUCAGUCCAAAGAAUUCGGUCUGGGUACUGUCUUGCCGUGAACGUGGUGCACGUGGCCUUGACUCGCAUCGCCUCCUGCAGCAACUUGUCGAAGAUAAGACCCGACGGAUGAAAUGGCAGAGCCAGAAAGUGGACUUACCAGACAACCCUCGUUCUACCUUCUUAUUGGCUUUCAGCCCAGACAGGACCCUAAUGGCUUCCACUCAUGUCAACCAUAACAUUUACAUAACAGAGGUUAAGACAGGGACAUGUGUCCACUCUCUGGUGGGCCAUCGCCGCACUCCUUGGUGUCUGACCUUUCACCCUACCAUCCCUGGAUUGAUGGCUUCAGGAUGUCUGGAUGGAGAGGUCCGCAUCUGGGACCUGCAUGGCGGCAGUGAGAGCUGGUUCACAGAGAGCAACAUGGCCAUUGCUUCCCUUGCCUUUCACCCUACUGCCCAGCUCCUUCUAAUUGCUACACACAACGAGGUUCACUUCUGGGACUGGAGUAGACGGGAGCCAUUUGCCCUAGUCAAGACUGCCAGUGAGACAGAGAGAGUCAGACUGGUGAGAUUUGACCCUCUGGGUCAUUACCUGUUGACAGCUAUAGUGAAUCCAUCUAACCAACAGCAGAGUGAUGAUGACUCUGAGGUCCCCAUGGAUAGUGUAGAGAUGCCCCACUUCCGCCCGCGAUCCUUCCCACAGUCUCAACCGGUGCGCCGUACGCCCAUCCUCCACAACUUCCUGCACAUCCUGUCAUGGAGAAACUCCGGCUCGCAGUCCGAGGACCAGGAUCCUUCCUCGCCUGCUGCCGAUGGGGCCGCUCACCUGCCUGGUUUCCCCUCCGGACGAUUCUCUGCUCUGAGUAAUCGCUCCCGGCCCCCCGACCAGGGCUGCGUGCAGCACCUGGGUAUGGUUUGCUUCUGCAGUCGGUGCUCUUCCACCCGAGCCCCUUCACCAACUGAAGAGGACCCUGAGAGCCUCAAUGCCAGGUCCCACGCCUCCACCUUCUCCUCUGCUCGCACUGAGGCCCGGCAACCAUCCGAGCAUCGCUCCUCCAACCGGCCCUCCGCCUUCAGCAGUGUGUACGGCGGUGCCGGAGGUCGCCCGCUGCGCAUUCCGUCUCCGGGCACUGGCCAGCGUGGAAUCCAACCAUCCAACCAACGCCUGGCAACCAACGCUACUCCGGCCCGAGCCCGUCAGCAUCAAGGCAGAGAGCACUCGGGGCGACUGGCGGGGGCAAACUGGACGGGCAGCAUGCUUGACAUGCGUCCGGAGCGUCCUGGGGAUCUCAGGAUAUCUCCACCCAGGACCAGUGCCUCAUAUGUCAGCCUUCUGUCCACGCUGAGGCCACAGGAAGGAUCCUCUCAGGCGCCUGACUACACCUCUGUAACAGAGGUUGCGAGCUUUCCCCGGGCAACGGUCGGCCACCAUGGGGAUGGGAACGCCUCGGCAGAUGGAGCAAGCGUUGGUAGCGGACACCACCCCCUCAUAGAGGGACCGAGCCACAGCCCCAGUUCAAUUCGCAACGUGCCGCGGUGCAAUUUAAAUCGCUAUUUCACCGAAUACAAUGGCACGCAACACCCAGAGUGGUCCGGCAGCACCAGCAGAGAGGGAGACGAGGAGCAGCGGAGUCAGGAGAUGCUCAACAGCAACGUAGACUUUGAACGGCCUGUAGCAACUUCCCCUCCACAUGGGGUUGAUAGAGGCUCUGGUCCAUCCCGAGGCCAUAUGAACCGCUGCAGGGUCUGCCACAACUUGUUCGCUUUUAACCACGGUACACAGCGCUGGGAGCGCACCGGACAGUCCCUGAUACCAGAGGAAGCAAGCGGCUCACAGCGGCCACCUAACCCCAGCCCUGCGGAUCAGAGUCCGGCCGCGCUGCAGGAGUCCCAGGCCUCAGACAGCAGACAGCCGGUCCAGCCAAGGCCCAGUGCCGAUGAAGGGGACACGGCUUUCCCUCACGGGGGGGCCGCACUUCCACAGAGGGAACAGGCGGUGGGGUUGGUUUAUAACCAAGAGACAGACCGGUGGGAAAGGGUCUACAGACAGUUUGCCAGUUCAAGUUCAGCGGCGAAUGUAGCACAGGAGGCCUUAAACCAAGAAGUGCCUGACGAAAGCCCCAACAACGAUUUCCUGAGAAGGAGGCUUUUAGAGUCCUCGCUUAUGUCGCUGUCUCGAUAUGAUGAAUCUGGCUCUCGAGGCCAUCCCAUAUAUCCUGAUCCUGUCAGAAACCUGUCUACAUUUACCAUCCGGAAAACACUGGCAAUGCAUGGUUUUAGGCUAUCCCCCGCUGCUUAUUACGCCCAGCGGAUGAUUCAGUACUUAUCUCGGCGGGACAGCAUUCGCCAGCGAUCGCUGCGCUACCAGAGCCGGCUGCGGCCGCUCUCCUCAGACAGCCCUGGAAGCAACCCAUCCCCUUCGAAUGUCAUCAGCCAGGUGGACUUUGAGGAGUUUGAGGAUACCAGUGAACGAGCCGGACCCAGAGCUCCACGCAACGCUCGCAUGUCUGCCCCGUCACUCGGCCGGUUCCUUCCCCGGAGGUUCCUUUUGCCCGAGUACCUUCCAUAUGCGGGGAUCUUUCAUCAUGAGAGGGGCCAGCCUGGCCUGGCUACGCAUUCCUCCGUCAACAGGGUCCUAGCAAGUGCAGUUAUUGGAGAAGGUCAGUCAGCAGUUGCCAGCAACAUUGCCAACACCACUUACCGCCUUCAGUGGUGGGACUUCACCAAGUUUGACCUCCCUGAAAUCAGCAACUCCUCGGUCAAUGUGCUAGUGCAGAGCUGCAAGAUCUACAACGACGCCAGCUGUGACAUCUCUGCUGACGGGCAGCUCCUGGCUGUGUUCGUACCAGGCCAGCGGGGCUUCCCUGACGAGGGCAUCCUGGCCGUGUACUCCCUGGCACCACACAACCUGGGAGAGAUGCUCUACUCCAAAAGAUUUGGUCCUAAUGCCAUCUCGGUCAGCCUGUCCCCAAUGAGCCGCUACGUGAUGGUGGGUCUGGCCUCCCGCAGGAUCCUACUCCACCACACAACAGACCACAUGGUCGCACAAGUGUUCCGCCUGCAACGGCCCCACGGCGGAGAGACUUCCAUGAGGAGAAUGUUUGAUGUGGUGUAUCCCAUGGCCGCUGACCAGCGGAGACAUGUCAGCAUCAACUCAGCCCGAUGGCUCCCGGAGCCUGGCCAGGGGCUUGCCUAUGGUACCAACAAGGGAGACCUUGUCAUAUGCAGACCUGUAGAUGCCCAGUCAGACGGAGACAUCCCAUCUGAGCACAGUGAACCUAUAUUUGUUGUCAACAACAGUGGAGGUGGCAGAACCGCUGGGAACCGCAACAUAGAGCAACCAGGCAGCAGCAGCGCCCCCUUGAGGUCAGAGAGGGACACUGGCCUCAUGAACCCCAUUCGUCUCCGGCUCCAUCACCCCGCCCCCUCGGUGACAUCACAAGGCACUCAGACCCCCGUCCUACAGCUGUUGAAUGCCGGGACACAAACAAACCGGGACCCACCGGUUGUCAGCACCUCCCGGGGCACCCAAUCAACUGAGGUUGGUGGACACCCACAUGAUCUUCCUCCAGGCAGCAGCACAGAGACCCUACCUGAGACGCCAGUGCAUGCCCUGCCAGAGGAUGGAGAGUCAACCGAGGCCACUGCCGAGGCCAGCCCGGCUGCAGUUAACCCUGGCAGCGGGGAGGAUGCCCUGGCACGGAUUUGCAGACUGAUCACCGAGGGCGGGAUGACUGCAGUGGUCCAGAGGGAGCGGAGCACCAGCUUGGCCUCCAUGGGCUGCUUUGGAAACGACAUCAUCGUCAGACACCGCAUCCACCGCGGCUCCCAGACAGGAGCAGAAGCUCAGGCCGUGGGCAGCUGCACCCAGGGGGCAGGCCAGAGCCGUAUUGGUGGUAGGACGUGCCUCUCUCCCCGUCGUGGCAGCCUGGCCUUCACAGAGCCCGGCUCCCGUAUUCUGACGAACCACAGUGUGCGGCUGGGUGAGAAUAGCAGCUCAGCCAUCCUGUUAGACGCCUCUGAAGGCCAGGACCGGACCAUAGCACCACUUCCCUCCCAGUACAUCACCAUCUCCUCUGAUCUCAGCCCUCAGGGGCCCACAGGGGUGGAUGCGGUGCCUGAUGGGACCCCAAUGGACACAGACAAUGUGUUUGAGGGUGCAGGACAUGGAGAUGGGGUAGAUCUAGAGCUACACUCGUCCCCUUCAUCAUCCUCCGCUUCCACUUCUCCGACGCUCUCCCCUGUCACCUCCCCUAUCCGCAACUACAGUGCCGGUUAUAAUGGUGACCCAUACAGUCCAUAGAUGUGCUUUCCAUAUCAGUCUGAUUCUACUAAGUUGACUCCUUGUUCUAGUCUUAUUUCAUAGGCUUCUGGUUAUGCUGGAGGCUUCAAUCCCAUUAAUGAAAUGAGGCUUACACCACACAUCCCUUGCCUGUGCUGUUUUCUGUUCUACAGUAGACCGAAUGAGCCUCGUGUUCUCCCUACGGUUAGGGUUGGUCUCGGUCUUUGAUGUGGAGUUCCUUUCUGUACUCUGACCUUGAUCUGGGACUUGUCAUUUUCCCAUUAGAGUGCAAGGUCCAAUGCUACCAUUUGACCAUUCUGUCGGAGGCAUGGACCUGAAUUGCUCAUUUACAAUCAAGGUUAAGCUCAGUGGCACCUGUGACCACAAUCGACUUUCAUUGAUGCACGUUUACAAACCAUGCCCCUUAGUUCAGUACCAACAAGAAGCUGAUACGCUAUACUGAGUUGAAGCACAUUUUAUAAACAUUGGUAAAAUUGGAUUGUGGAAUAUUGAUAUGUUUUAUCUUGUGUAUAUGCAUUUUAAUUUAUUCAGUUUUAGAGGUUCUAUUUUACCCUUUGUAAUUAUAAAACAAAGCCUUAUGAGAAUUCAGGCAGGCAGGACUACAACAGUGUGCAUACAACACUGAAACAUGUAGGUAGCUUUUUCAUACAGUUUUUCAUACAGUUCUGCAUUUUACCAACAAACCGAAAAACUAUUUGAUUAACAAAAGGACCUUGGCUUGUAAUAUUUUCUGUUAUGGUAAUUAUUGAUUAGAAUAGUUUGCAAAUGUUUUGGAACCAAGAAAAUGUAAAAUCUCUUGUACUGCAUGUGAGUGUAGCAAUACGAGGAGUAGAAUGGAAAUACAAAAUGUUGCAACAAUAGGUUUUCCAGAGAAUACCAUAGCCAUUUUCUAAUAUACUUUAAAUGCUUGAUUUAGUAAUGGCAGGGUUCAAUACACAUGUUAAAUCAGCAUGUAGCUUAUAAGUCCCAGAUGCACAGCCUCUUCCAAACUUGUUUGGAAACACUCAAAUGUUUGUGCCAAUUGUAAAAGCAUUUUAAGUGAAGCAUUUUUACUCUUCUACGCUGUCAGGUUGUCAUGCCAUGACUUGUGGUCAUUAUCUUUAAACAGUACGAUGCCUUCAACACCCACUUUGGUUUGAUGAGCCUUGUCAUCUAAGGUUACAUGGAAUUUAAAAAAGAGCUGUUGCUUUGUACAUUCAGAAGGCUGUCUUUAAAAUGCCCAGUUUGCCUCCAACUAGCCGCUUCAAUGCCUUGGGGGAUUGUGUUGUUGUGACAGAAAAGCAGUUGGAGGUGCACAGGGGUGAUGCAAACAGCAUUCUGAGUCACCACAUGAGCCGUGCUCUUUAGGUUUCAAUGGACUUUGUGUGAUUUGAAAAGCUUUGUCAAGACUCUCCUAUUUAAAAUUGUUGUAGCAGUAAUUUCCAUUUUACAUGUUCAUAGUAAGUUGGGGUUUUUGAUAUUGAAAUGAAAGGGUUUUAUUUGAAAUUGCAGCUCCUUGCUUUGUCGGUUGCUAUUUGGUAUCUUUGGGUAUGAAAAUUAAGUUGUUUUAUUACCAACCGAUUUACUUAUCUCUCAGCCACAUUGACAACAAUUCACAGUUGGCCCAGUUGCCUGACACAGUCUGUCUCAAAGGAAUACAGUGGUUGUGUAUCUGUUGAAUUUAUUUAUAUUUUAAAAUGCUAAUUGUUAUAGAAAAUGAAAUACCAACUUGGUAAAAACAAAACUUUGAAAAAAAAGUUGAACAAAAACAUACUUCCUCUUAGUCAUGUGGUGGACUGGGGUCAUACUUGUGAACAUUAGAAAUGUUUAAGUUCUAAGUUUAGUCAUGUACAUUAUUAUAUGCCAAUGCAUUUAUUAGGCUCUGUAACCUACACUCAUGCAUUUAAAAUCAUCCACUUCAUCUGUCAUUUUGGGGAGAGGACUACAGUUAUUGGGGAUCUAUAUCUGUUCAUUCGUACCCAUGUCACGCAUUGUAUCUUUAUAUACCAGUUGCCUGAUUUUGAAAUCUUGAUUUGUCUUGCUGUGUUGCAAACACUGUCAAUACUCAACAUAAGAACACUGAAAUCCACCAGACGUUGGAACCAGAUUUUAACUGGCUCAUAAUGAAAUCUCUGGGUCGGUUUGAUUAACUGAUAACAUUUGGCACACAUGCUCAGGGAUAGGAGUCUCAGAAACCACUGUACAAUUUUGGAUUUAAGUGUCCCUCGUCAGAUUUCUAUACCCCAGAAAUACAGCUCCGGAAAAAAUGAAGAGACCACUGCACCUUUUUCUUUCCUUUCCAAAAAAGUUGAUAAGGAAAGUUUUGAGUAAGGAACAGAAGAGUUACAUUUUCUGGCGCUGUAUAUGGCUACUUAAUGCUGUAUACCACCUGGCAGUAGUAGUUGUGAAGUCCAUAAAUUAUUUCUGUUUGGGCAGUCUUAAACUGUGAAUUUGCAGUUUUGUUAAAUACAUUUUUUCUCAAUAUUGAGAAUUGAUUACCCAAAAUGUCAAUAUUUAUACUGUAUGUUAACGGCAUUUGGAUUUGGCUCUAGCAAAGUAAAUAUAAUUUAAAGAAUUAGACAAUGUAGGCUAAUCAAGCCUGACUCAAAAUACAACCCCCCUUUAAGCUUUUUACGUGGAUUUAAAUGAAGGCCCAUUUUGUUUUACUUCUGUUGAAAGCAGUACCAUUUACUAAUCAAUACAUCGUUUAUAACUAGUCUAAUAACUUGCUGACUGGAUGAGAAUAUCCACAAAUGUGUGCGCACAGGGCUGUGUGCUCUGAUCUGAGCUCUGUCUGAAAAGUGCAUCCACUUGCUGUAGGAAAGACCACUUGCUCGUAGGCUACUGUCAAAAUUAUUUCUACUCCAAUGCACUUGGUCUGGCUUUGCCUCCAACAAAAUCACACAGUCAUUCUUGGAGACUUUUGGUUGCAUUGAAAGUGACUGAUAUUAUGUGGAUUUUUUCUCAGAAAAACACAGAUGUAUUUUAUAUAGCACAAACUAAUUGGAGAACCUCUUAUCUAGACAUGAUUUCUCUAAAAGCACAUGGAUAUAGGAGACAUGCACUCACUAUUGAUAUUCACUCUGUUUAAGAGUGUCUGCUAAAUUAUGUCAAUGUGAAUAUGUGUAAAAUGAAACUCAUUUUAACCUUGUCUUUUAGUGACCUAAGGUGGUCCUGCUGCCCCCGGUGCUCACACUGCCCCCGGUGCCCGCGGUACUCACACUGCCCCCGGUGCUCACACUGCCCCCGGUACUCA